UCUUCGAACCCUAAACCCAGAAACCCUAGCCUUCCAGAAUUCCGAUUCCCAGUACCUUUUUGUCAUUCUCGUAAGAACCCUAAACCCAGAAACCCUAGCCUUCCAGAAUUCGGAAUCCCACUACCUGUUUGUCAUUCUCGCUUGCUGUUCAGGAGUCCCAUCAAGCAGGUGGCGCUUAAAAUACAGUCUGCUGAAAUGGAACCCGAACAGUUUGAGAAUGGUAAUGCUGCUGCCCCAGCCCCUGGUAAUCCUAAUAACCCUCCUGAACCUCUAGAUGAUGUUCCUCAACUUCCCUUAGGUGCUAGUAGAUCAUUAAAGUCUGAUGUGUGGCCUCACUUCACUCGGGUAAUGGUGUCUGGAAUUUUGAAAGCUAAAUGCAACUACUGUAAGAAGGUGUUGGCUGCAAAAUCUACUAAUGUGUCCGCCUCUGAAUUGAAAGCUCUGGAGGGGGUUUUCUCCGCAAUGGCAAUGGAUGAUACCACUGUAGAAGACAACACAGUUGGAGAUGGAGUGCAGUCAGAGUUGAAUGGGGAGGAAGAUGAUGCAGCUGCUGUCAUCAACUUGCUGGACUAACUCUAGAGAUUGUCCAGGAAACUAAAAGUUGGUCAAUUACCCUUGAUUGGUGAUUGCUGGACUGAUUAUGGG